CAGGAAUUCUACUUGGGUACAUGCGUAAGUGUCUGGAUGCAAGGAAUUGAUGAGUACAAUAUAUAGCUCAUUUCCCAUGUUUUGUUCUAUAUGAAUGGAGUCUCAUUUGCUUUGCCUAACACAUAUUUCGGCCCACGUCUAGUUUCAAUCUUUUAGAUUUUUUUUUUAGAUUUUUUUUGUGUUGUUUUAUUUUAUUCGUCAUUUCGCUGUCUUCUUGUCACAAAAAUCAAAAUAACCCACACAUCUCCGGUGGUCAUCCAAUACAGUUUCGCCGCUUGUACCGUAGUAGAGGUAGCCAUGACCCUUCGUUUACUUUUUUUAUUCUGCCUUUUUUUUUAUUCUGCCCCCUUCCCGGUCAGCCAAGCGAUCAGGCGGCCAAGUGGUGCCAAAAAGCCUAAGCAGCCCGGGCGGCGUAACCUUUAAUGCAGAAGUCAUACACACAAAUGAAAGUGGGGGACAAGCGACAUGCCACCUUCCUGCUCAAACUCCGCUGGUACGAAGCCGAGACGGAGGAAGCACGCACACAUGGACGUUGGACGGUCAGUCGAGCGAUAAAAGUGGAGUUGAUUGUGGCUCGCACAGUACGGAUAGGCGAUGGCAGCCCGGCCCAGAACCAACGAGACCAGAUCAAAACCAAACCUGACCAAGAAGUACACACAAAGCACAGGGGACAGGGGAGGGGGUUCGCCGAUUUUUGACAUUAAAGGCUUCAAACCUAGGUGCUUAAGCUGGAGCAGCUUCUUUUGCAUUUUAUUUUAGAAUAUCGGGCAUUUGUGCUUGUUUUUUUAUACAUCAACUAGGUACAUCUCUUACAUUACAUAAGGGGGUUGUUUGCUUGUCGUUUUCAGUAGCGUUUGGUCUGGUCUGCGUCUGGUAUCUUUGUUGUUUUUUUUUCUGCUUUGUGCUUUCUUUUCUGUUGUCAUAGGCUGAUCUGGUCCGGUGUCUUGGUCUGCCUAAUUGUAAACUAUGUAUGCAGUGGGGGAGGAGCAAAAAAAAAAAAAAAAGCAGCAGGGAACAGUCGGGAGAUACGACACAGGUUACGCGCAAUGCUGCACACCCUUCGGAGUACAAACCGUCCGUCGCGGUACCACUCAGGCUUCGUCCAUUCCUAGCCUGCGACAUGGAGAUAGGUAAAAGACAAGGAAGACAGUACCCUGACCGGCCAACUCUGACCUUGUAGAUUUAUCAAUUGACUGUAGUUCCGCCCAGCAUCUAAAACAGAUUGAAUUCAAUUGAUUGGUUCUUACUCGAGAGCAGCUUGGCAUGUCAAAGUUACCCAGGCAAAAAUAGAGAGUAACGAGCCCCUCUUUGUUAGUGUAAGAUGGGGAAAACAAAAAAAAAAAAAAGUCUACGGUAGGUGGUAGGUACAUGCAUCCCUUCCAACGGUAAAC